CGAGAAAGCGUGCUUGUGAGUGAGUGACCAAGAGAGUAAGCCACCAUUUUUGUUGACUGCCAGCAAUUCCACCCCUGCGUCGCUCUCUUUCUCGUCAUCGCCAUCCGACCCGCUUCCGUCAUGUACCCCUCCAAGCAAGACACUCCCGGCCGCCCACCCGCUGAACAGCCCUCGGUGCUGGUCGGAGCCAGCAUGGACUCCCCGGGCGCAGAUUCCGGCCUGAAAGCCUCCCAGGCUCCAUUAUCCCCAGGAGACUCUUCUGCCGCUGCCGCCACGAACCCUCGAAAUGAGCAGCGAUCGGACUCGUCUGAUCUCCCCGCCACCCCGGCUCAGGCAGCCAAGGAUGCGAAAACCGGAUCCGAGCUGUUACGUCGAUUGAGUCUCAGGGGCGCUCCUCCCGUGCUGGAAGCCCAUCCCCGGGAACAGUAUCCCAGUCUUAAUCUCAGUGGGCGAAUAAUAAGCGCGGCUUUUUGCAUUCCCUACAAACUCUAUCUACGACAGGGCCAUGGCUGGGAGCUCAAAACUCGCCCCGGAACAUCGGCCCUUUUCGAUUCGUUUGCAUACCUCGGCUCCGACGAGACACGAUGGUCCCAUACGCUCGUUGGCUGGACUGGCGAAGUUGAACCGGUCCAUGACACCGCACCCUCUCUAGAGCAAAUUCCUUCCAACGCCAACGGUGUCAAUGGCGCCUCGGGAUCUCUGAACAAGGCGGCGGCGCCCGUGCCCGUAAGUACCUCUCACCGAUCACCCAGCCACCCUCUCGUGGAAGGGGUCUCGGUUGGCCCGGAGGAUCGGGAACGGCUUGAUCGACGGUUGGCCACCAGUCGAUAUGGCAAAAUCUCUCCUGUAUGGCUGUCAGCUGAAUCCGAGGUGCCCGAUGAUACAAUAACGCUGGCGGAUCAAGGCCGGUGGAGACGGUAUGCGGAACGGGAGCUAUACCCUCUGCUUCAUUACAAGCAGCAUGGUCCAACCGAUGGGCGGUCGGAGCGUAAAUGGUGGGCCGACUAUGUUCGCAUGAACCGGCUAUUCGCGGAUCGGAUCGCACAAGAGUACCGAGAAGGCGACAUUGUCUGGAUUCACGACUAUCACCUUUUCCUUCUGCCCAGCAUGCUGCGGCAAAGGAUCCCCAACAUCUACAUCGGCUUCUUCUUGCAUGCCCCAUUCCCGAGCAGCGAAUUCAUGCGCUGCCUGGCCAAGCGCAAGGAGGUUCUCACGGGCGUCCUGAGCGCGAAUAUGCUCGGUUUCCAAACGUUCUCCUAUUCCCGUCAUUUCUCCUCGUGCUGCACCCGCGUUCUUGGGUUCGAUUCGAACUCCGCCGGGGUCGACGCAUACGGCGCUCAUGUCGCCGUGGAUGUGUUCCCCAUCGGAAUUGAUGCGAAAGCGAUCCAGAAGAUUGCUUUUGGGAACCCCGACAUUGAGAAGGCGGUUGUGGGUAUCCGCAAAUUGUACGCCGGGAAGAAGAUCAUUGUCGGCCGAGACCGGCUGGAUAGUGUUCGUGGUGUUACCCAAAAGCUGCAGGCCUUCGAGUUGUUCUUGGAGCGAUAUCCCGAAUGGCGCGACAAGGUUGUGCUCAUCCAGGUAACCAGCCCCACCAGCGUGGAGGAGGAGAAAGAGGAGAACAAAAUUGCCAGCCAGAUCUCCAAUCUGGUCUCGACCAUCAAUGGUCGUUUCGGCUCUUUGAGCUUCGCCCCCGUCAAAUACUAUCCCCAGUAUCUAUCCCCACAGGAAUAUUUCGCCUUGCUGCGGGUCGCGGAUGUAGGUCUAAUCACCACCGUCCGCGAUGGCAUGAACACGACCAGUCUGGAAUACAUCAUCUGUCAAGAGAACAACCAUAGCCCUCUGAUUCUCUCCGAAUUCUCCGGAACGGCCGGUACGCUGUCCAGUGCGAUUCACAUCAAUCCCUGGGAUACCGCGGGCGUUGCGGGAGCCAUUAACCAGGCUUUGGAGAUGGCGCCGGAGCCCAGGCAGUCCCAACAUCAGAAACUCUUCAAGCACGUCACUUCAAAUACCGUGUCUGCUUGGUCUCAGCAGUUCCUCACGCGCCUAUUGACCAAUCUUUCCUCGUUUGACCAAUCUGUGGCGACCCCGGCACUCGACCGGGCCAAAUUAUUGAAGCAGUACCGCAAAGCACGGAAGAGGCUCUUCAUGUUUGACUACGAUGGGACACUGACGCCGAUCGUCAAAGAUCCACAAGCCGCCAUACCGUCAGACAGGGUCCUACGGACCAUCAAAUCGUUGGCUGCGGAUCCUCGCAACGCCGUUUGGAUCAUCAGUGGACGAGACCAGGCCUUCCUCGACGAGUGGAUGGGUCAUAUACCCGAGCUGGGAUUGAGCGCCGAGCAUGGAUGUUUUAUCCGCAAGCCACGCUCGGACGAUUGGGAGAAUCUGGCCGAGCGGUCCAACAUGGGAUGGCAGAGGGAGGUCAUGGAAACAUUCCAGCACUACACCGAGCGGACACAGGGGUCCUUCAUCGAACGGAAGCGCGUGGCUCUCACGUGGCAUUAUCGACGCGCAGACCCGGAAUACGGCGCCUUCCAGGCUCGCGAGUGCCGAAAGCAUCUGGAAGAAACCGUCGGGAAGAGAUGGGAGGUUGAAGUGAUGGCCGGAAAGGCAAAUUUGGAAGUGCGACCGACGUUUGUCAACAAGGGGUUCAUUGCCACGCGACUUGUGAACGAAUAUGGAACGGGUCCCGGAAAGGCACCCGAGUUCAUCCUGUGUUCGGGCGAUGACUUUACGGAUGAAGAUAUGUUCCGAGCCCUGGCAAAGUUCGAUCUUCCCCAAGGUCAUGUUUUUUCGGUGACCGUUGGCGCCAGUUCGAAACAGACCGCCGCUAGCUGGCAUCUUCUCGAGCCCGCUGAUGUUAUUGAAACGGUCACGAUGUUGAACAGUAGCGCGAAGCAAGACUACUGAUUUAAGUUUUGACAUCGAUCGGCCUAGUAAACCGCUCAAAGGACUUUUUCUUCUUUUUUUCUUUUUUCUUUUUAGUCGGACUCUCGGGACAUUCCAUGCAUCAAGACAGACGAAGAAACUCCCCUGAGAGGCCACCGGAUAUCAGCCGUCGGACGAGCUUCCUUUAAUACUUUUUUUCCUCGCAGGAUAUUCAACUGUCAUCUUCAAUUUUCCUCCUUAUUUGUUCAUGUCCUUUCCCAUUUUCCCGUUUUUAAUCAUGUUCAUAGAAAGCCGUUGAGAAGUCGUAUGUACCUAGAGAGGGAGAGAGAAAGCAUAGAGGCCGGAAUGACGACAGAAGACAUCAGAAAAACCGAGUUGUUGGUUGCGAGGGAGUCUAUCUAUCUAUCUAUAUCUA